UCUACGUUGCCCGUUCCUGAGCAUUAGUCGGGCGCCCAUACCUCGCCAAGGCACUCUCCCAGCACGCGUGUGACUGUGUUUAUUUACCUCACCGAGUGAUUUGGAGUGCGAUGCUCGCCAGCGGACACCGCUGAGUAUGACGAUGAUUCUUAUGAAGCCGUACAAGAUGCCCUCCGUGCCCGACCUGCCUCUCAUCAAGUCGCUGGUCUCGCCGCAGAGGAUCAAGGAGGAGUGCGAGGACUUUUGCACCAGCAGCAUGGACGAGGACGCUGACGCUCCUCUGGACUUAAGAGUGAAUUGUGGCAGGGUUAGUCCCGCUAGGGACUCCGGGACUGAAAGUGACGACACGGAGGACAAGAUCAUCCUGCAGGACGGGGCCGAGCCCUUCAAGAAGAGCCUCAUCAAGAGAUUUGACAAAGAGCAGAAUAACUAUCUCCACCAACUCCUAUCAAGACAAAGGACAGACUUACAACACCCUAGUUUGUGCGACUAUGGUAGAAGAAAGUCCGUAUACCCCACCACUACUGGUUCCUUGCCACCGAGCCCGGCCGACUCCGGCGUCUCCGAUGUGGACAGCUCCUCCAGCGGGCACACAUCGACGGACGAGCUGAAGGCCAGAUUACAACCCUCCAUCCACUCCCCCGUAGGCAACCUCUUCUCCAGGCACAUGUCGUGGUCUUCCCCCGGCCACCACGGCCAGAGGCCACCCAGCCACAUGUCGCAGCAGUUCUACCAACCCUUCGCCACGAACCUAGACCCCUACAACAGCUACCUACUCCAGCAACAUCACCAAGUACAACAGAGCCAUCACAUGCACCACCACAACCAGUCCCCCUUCACGACGCCAUCACCCCCCUCCCCCCCUAUGAGACACGCCAUCCCCACGUCCGUCAUCCAGGCAGCCACCUCCAGCAUGUACGACGACUCCUACAUGCUGGGCUUCUCCCCCAGGAAGCUGAAGAAGGUCAAGAAGCAGAAGAUCGGCGAACCCGGCACGGUGAAGAGGAAAAGCCGGGAGGGUUCGACGACGUACCUGUGGGAGUUCCUGCUGAAACUCUUGCAGGACAGGGAGUACUGCCCCAGGUACAUCAAGUGGACCAACAGGGAGAAGGGCGUCUUCAAAUUAGUCGACUCCAAGGCGGUGUCCAGGUUGUGGGGGAUGCACAAGAACAAGCCCGACAUGAACUACGAGACCAUGGGCAGAGCCCUCAGGUACUACUACCAGCGGGGCAUCCUCGCCAAGGUGGACGGCCAGCGGCUGGUGUACCAGUUCGUGGAGGUCCCCAAGGAUAUAGUCGAAAUAGAUUGUACAGGCGCCGCGUGAAUUGGCCUUAGAAGUUAGAUUCUGCUCCGGCGCGCCCGAGCAGCCGCCGUCUCGAAAGUACAACAAAACACAAAUUAUUUAUUUAGAGAAUGAGAACUCAAGUUUUUAUCAAAUUGUAUAUAUGCUAAUGACUCAAAUAUGUAGACCGUAACAACGAAUUUUGCACGUAGAUGCACGCCACUUCCUGUUUUAAGAUCUCAUUUGUACAAAGGUGUGUCUGGAAUCGACUAUAUCCUGAAAUGGGAGGGAGGGGGACCGGAAAGAGGUCGUAGACGAUAGCGAGAAGAGGUUGUGAUGUGUUAAAGACAAUUUAUAGGGUUGUGGUAUAGAUUUUCCAACGCCGCGCACUAUUUCAUAUAUGACGUCCAACAUUUAUUUCCUACCAGACCAAGACUAGAGCGCGCGCCUCUAAGCUUUUCUCCUGCGUCAGUCGAAACUGUUUUGAGCCACCAGCUGUAAAUGUAGCUAGACCCUAGCUUUCCUAUUUGUAGGUUUAGAAGAAAACGCAAAAAAACUGUAGCAUAAACUAGAACUUUUUUAUGAUGAUAUUCAUCUUUUAAAACAUUAAAAAGCAUGGCCAACUUAUGAUCCUUUAAAUGAUACACUUCAUCAAGUCAUACGUGAACAGGACUGUAACGAUUAAAGUUCGAUGGGUCAAACCGUAUAUCAUAGCAAUCCUGAAAAUGCUAUAAUGUACAGGAUAUUUCAUAUCAAAGGUUAUGAGUCUUCUAAACUUUAAAAUAAGAAUAGCUAAAGUGGAGUAACAUUUACAAUUAAUAAGGCUGAUGACGGAAAGGUUUGACUUGGUCGCGCGGAUUCAAAGUGCUUUUUUAUACAAAACGCAUUGUACAAAAACAAAACAACAAUAACUAGUUUCUUUUGUAGCGCGAUUUAAAGGAUUUAAGGAGUCGCUAUUGAGUGUACAUAAAAGUUUUAUUACGAAUAGGGUGAAUGUGUUGUUGUUGUUGUCUUUUAGUAUGAAAUAGUGAAGAGUUGUUAUAAAUAUCGUAGAUUUUUAUAAAUUAUACCUAAGCAAAUUUUAAAGAAAAUAUAUCAAUUAUUAAAUAGUAAUAAAAGAAGUUAUAAUAGUCGGAAAAAAUGUGUGAAAUGUGAUAAGAAAAGACAAGGUAUUUUGGAAGAGUUUCAUUUAAGGUUUCUUUUUUUGUUACGUAUUUUAAUAAAAAAAAAAAGGAAGGUGCUUUAAACAUGGAUAUGAAGAAGACUGCGAGGUGCCUAGAGAUUGACAGGGAAACAAAAUGAAAUGUCAAUGAUUAAGCUCUCUUUUAUUUUCAGUUUGCGGAAUCGAGCGAAAUAUCUUUUUGCUUCUGAUCUCAGUUUGUACACGACAAUUAAUAAGACCGAGGAAAUUGCCAAUCAUUUCUAAAAAUUCGAAUUUUUUUUCAAAGUACGGCUGUAGUUAUUUUCGACUUCAAUUUUGUUCAAAGAACCCCGCACAAAGCAUAUGGAAAUUCAACACCGGUCAAUUUUUAUGAAACUUCGUAUUUUGUUAGUCCACGUCAUGCUGAUCAAAAGUCUCGAUGAGCACGAAGCCCUACAACCCCCCCCCCCCCCAAACCACCCCCAAAGAUCAGGGUAAUGAACUUGACAGAUUACAGGUCAAUUGGCUUACCGUAAUAUUUCAUUACUGUAGUCGAACCUACAGACACCUAUACCAUAACUAGCCAGGCUUAAGACUAUCAAUGGGCACCGAGCCCUACAACCUCCACCAAACCCCCAAAGGUCAGGGGGUGCACUUGACAAAUUAUCGGUCAAUAAAACUACCGAAAUAUUUUACUACUUCAGUCGAACCUACAGCCACCAAACUAUAACUAGGCUAAGACUGCUACCUCUAAAACACUUAACCCCCCAUCCCUCUCCGUUCCCACCAACUACCAAAGCCUGUCAUGUGACUUUUCCCUGCCUACUAGAUGUGUAGCUGUUUAAUCGUGAAUUCCAUCUCACAGUCACCUAAACGACGCUGACCCCCGACAAUUGAACCAUCCACCCCCCAACCCAAAUCCCACGGUUGGGGUCGGACCAACCCCAAUUCUUAUCGAAGUCUGACAUGACUUUUCCCUGCUUACGGCUUAUGAAACCGUUCAAUCUUGAAUUCCAUCCUGCACCCAUCUUAUUCUUUAAUACCCUUUAACCCACAAAAAGUACGAAAACCUGCCAUAAGAUUGUUUGCUGUUUGUGGGAUGUGUAACCCUUUAAUCAUUAUUUCCAUCCCAAAGUGUGGCCUAACCGAUCACUACCGACACCUUUUGACCAAUUGACAAUUGAACCCCUCACCCCCAAUUCCAACCCCGGGGUUGGGAAGGUGGAUUAACCCUUAUUCGUUCUCGACCCAAAGCCUGCCGUAUGAAUUAUUUCUGUUUACGGGCUCUGAAACUGUUUGAUCAUGAAUUUCAUUUCUCAGCUACCUUAACAAUCACUACCCAAUGCUCUUAACGUAAAGAGCAAACAGCCAUAUGGAAGAUUUUGGUACGCAGUGGAGGGGAGGGGGAGUUUCAAUUUUUGGAGGUUGAAGGGUAUUGAGGAAUGAACAUUUCGACAGCUGUGGGAUGAAAUUCACGAUCAAAUGGUUUUAUAACCCGCAAGUGGGAAAAGUCACAUGUCAGGCCUUGAUACGGAACGGGGUUGGUCUACCCCUCCCAACUAUGGGGUUGGGUUUGGGUAGAUCAAUUGUCCUGGGUCAGCGUCGGAGGGUAUCGGGUAGUAAUCGUUUAGGUGGCUGUAGGAUGGAAUUUACGAUCAAAUGUUUUCCCAACCAGUAAGCAGGGAAAAGUGACAUGACAGGCUUUGGUAGUUGAUGGGGGAGGGAGAGGGAUGGGGGUUUGAGUGUUUCAGGGAUUAUAGUUUUAAAGCUAGUUAUGGUGUAGGUGGCUGUAGGUUCGUUUACAGUAGUAAAAUAUUUUGUUAAGCCAAUUAACCUAUAUGGAUCCCCCUGACCUUUGGGGGUGGUUUUAGGGGUUGAAAGGGGUUGUAGGGUUUCGUGCUUUGAGACUUUUGAUCAGCAUGACGAGGACUAUCAAAAAGUUUCAUAAAAAUUGACCGGUGUUCAAUUUCCAUAUGUUUUGUGCGGGGUUCUUUCAAAAUUGCAGUUGGUUUGACCGUGUCCCAAUUCCGGAGCCAUACCUGAGAGGUAAAAAUGUAUAUAAUAAAGAAUUACGUACUUAUGAUUUGGAUCGAUUUGAGCUUUCUAAUUUGUAAUUUAUUAAUAAGUGUACAUUCUGUAUAGUAUUUAUUAUAUAAUUUCGAAAUAUCACAAUUAAGUUUUUUUUUUGUAAAUUUUUGUAACUUUCUGUGAUUUUUGUAAUUUUAGUUUCUAAAUUCUUUCAUUGUUUUAACAUGUGUACCUAAUUGAAAAUGUGUCUUGAAUCCUACUACUCAGCGCAAAUCAGGACGAAAAACAUAUUAUAUAUAAUAAAUAUAUAGAAAGUAACUAACCCAGGAUUUCUCUCAGUGAAAAAAAUUUAUACAUAUUAAUAAAAUAAACUAUGUGUAGAGAAAUAUAUAUGUAUUCAUGUGCACAACAAACAAAAAACUGUUAUUAAACGUCCAAAAAACAUGUGAUAUGUUUGCAUGAUUGUUAACUGUCACCUUUUUAGCAUAAAUAAUAUUUGUUAUACAUGUUGAAUGUCUUUUUGUUUGUUGUAUCUUUAUCCGAAUCUGUCUGCCAGUUUGAAAUUACCACCUACACUUCAUUUAUCCGUCGACGAAUCGAGAGUCGAUUGAUAAAUGAAACGUAACAUCCACUAUCCCACUUCUGAUUUGCUGACCACAUCACUAAUGAAGUUAUUAAUUAUAAAGGUAUUUAGGACCAUGUAACAUAAAAAUCGUUAAGGAAAAUAUAUAUUAAAAAUUUGGUGAUAUUGCAAUAGAAAUACUAUAAUACAGUGUAAAUAUAGAAAAUUUUUAUUAUAUCGCAAAAAUACCUACCUUUAGCUGCUAAGGAUUUUAUUGAUUUUUAAAUAUAAUAUUGUAUAGUUUUUAUUUAG